CACAGCAUCUUGGAUCACGCAGAGAAGAACUUGGGGCAAAAUGCUGCAUCAAUGGCCUGUAGUGUCUGUCCUGGUCGCUGUCUUCAUCCAGCAAUCAGAGGCAAAUGUUCACCAUUUCUACUUCACGCUUGUAGACCAGAUCCCCCAAGGCAACUGUAGAAACAAAUGUGCCCAUCCACAUCGUCGAUUAUAGGUCGUGUGCCAGACACUGCACUCGUCUGGGGCCAACCUGCCAGGGAUUUGUCAUGGCUUACACUCAGGUAUUUGCCUGCACCUUGCUGGAGGGCUUAACGGGAGUGACGGUUAUUGCAACUACAAACUCCACGGCUUACGUUAACUUGUAUUAUGAAGGACAACUCUAUGCUCUGGCAUAUUAUGCAAUGUCUUGGCCGCAAGGUGUGGCUUUGUGCCAGAGUCUGGGAAGAUCCCUGGUCAGCUACACCACCUCAACAGACAAGGAAAAUUGGAUGAAAUCACUGGCUGGCAAAUGGUUCUUCAUAGGAGCCAAGAAGGAUCCUCUGGACCCCAGCAGAUUCUACGACAUCAACACUGGACAGACCGUGGCGAUCCCAUUUGAGAAAGGCGUUGGACCUGUGCAGGCCAAUAUGGCCCUAAUAGAUAAAGAAGAUGGUACUCCUGCCUACAGCACAGGCAACGACUGGUUCACUUGGCCACUGGCUACAAUUCUUUGCACACCCAAGUAAUCGGUCGAUGAUAAAAGGCCGUCGUUCAAUGCACUUUCAAGUUCUGAUCAAUUUUCCAUGUGUUUUUUAUCUUUUCAUACUUUGUUGGCAGAUAUAUUCCACAAGCAUAUUUUUGACACUGGAAAAGAAAACGUCUGCAUAGAAAAUAGUAAUCUUCAUAUCAGAUACUGUAGGCUACUAUUUUUGUUAAUUAUUGUUUGAUUAUUGCCAGGUCAGUCUUAUGGACACAACCAAUUUAGAAAGAUUGUAGUUUGGUCUCUGACUUACAGAGUCGAAAGAUGCAGUCAAUUGUAAAACGUAGCUUUUGCCCACUGCAGUGUUGAAUCGAUGGUCACAAUCUACUGAUGUGUCUAUGAUCUGAAGAGAGUAAUCACUUAUAGCAGACACUGCCUUGUCGAUUGCCUUCCUCAACUGGAGGUCACAAUAACUUAUUACAGAAGGUGUUUGGGUAGGUAACAUUAAAAUCUUAAGGCCAUAUCACCAUAUCACUUGUGGCUGGCAUAUUUUUUUCUUUAAUAUAACAAUGCCUUGAAAAGGCAAUAUUUUCCAUAUUGUUGUUUUUUAUCUUAAGGAAAAAAUCACUGCAACAUUCUUUUGCUUAUUGCGCUGUUGAAGUGAAACUAACAUUGCAGUCACUUUAACAGACAAUGCUAUG